AAGUGAAAGUAAAAGCUGAUCUGUCGACAUUUUACCAACAUGAUCGCCCGACGGCACGAAAUAAUAUUUACUGCAACUUAUAGUAGAUAUGAUUGAUUUGUGUAAUUGUGUACGUUUUAAGAUGCACCUCUCUACCGUUCAUUUUUUGUCGGCACUGCUGAUGAUCGCAGAUGGGUUCACAGUGAAGGGUCCGUCAGGUCCUCUGGUUGUUCCUCUGGGAGGUUCAGUUCUUCUGCCCUGUUCUGUUGAUUCACUCUUAUCACUGAAGGAUCUGGAGGUGGAAUGGAAAAGAUCAGACUCACAGACUCUCAUUCAUCUGUAUCAAGAUGGAGAUAUUAGACCAGAAGUCCAGCAUGAGGAUUAUCAUGAUCGAGCUCAUUUCUUCACUGACGACAUUAAACAGGGAAAUUUCUCUCUCCUGUUGAAGAAUGUGACAGCUGAAGAUGAAGGAAAAUACACAUGUACAGUUCACAGUGGACAAGAGUCUCAUGAAACUGUGCUGCAAAUUAAAGAUGUUGAGUUUCUGAUGGUGACAGGAUCAGAUGAUUUGAUAUCAAUGUAUGUUGGUAAAAACGUGACUCUGAACUGCUCUGUGGACUCUCACAUCCCACCUGAAGACAUUGAAGAGGUUUCAUGGAAGAAAAGAGUUGAAAAUGAAUAUAUCAUGGUUCUGCUCUAUCAAAACAAAGUAACUGUAUCAGAAGCAUCAGACGCGCAAUACACAGACAGAGUUGAGUUCUUCAGUGAUGAAAUCCACAGAGGAAACUUCUCUCUCAGACUGAAGAGAGUCAGAACUGAAGAUAAAGGACUUUACAUGUGUCAAGUGUUUGCUGGACGACUUUCAGAUAACGCAACUGUAACACUUCAGCAACUGGGUUUCUCUGCUUUACACAUAAUGGUGUUGAUUCUGUGUAUUGCUGCAUGUGGAUGUGCUGUUAUAAUCUGCUGUCUGAUCUACUGCACAUCACAAAACAAAGAAAAACCUGUCAAGACUCUCGGAUAUUUUUAUGUUUUUCUCCCAAAUAUUAUGAUGUUUGUGGCUUUUCUCCUGUGGGGUGUAACAGAAGGAUUUCUGUAUGAGACGAUCUUCUGCUGUGCUCUUUGUCUUCUGAGGCCUCUGACGUUGAUUAAUGUUGCUCCAUAUUCAGAGAAAGUGUUGAGUAUAACCGUUCUAGGUGAAUUACUCAUUUUUACAGUAGUUUAUUUUUCAGUUCUUUUUAGACAUACUUGGGAAACAGUUGUACAUUUUGCUACGUUUGACAAAGCUGUUGUAAUAGUCGUGUUUGGACUGGUGCUUCUGCUCUGUGCUAUCGCUGUCGUAUUAUGGAAGUUUGUAGACAAAUGGUUUGCAGCAUUCAUCCUUUUUUCCCUGCCAUCACUACAAUUCAUCCUCUUAUUCUUCACUUUUGGAUCUGCAAGCAGAGCAGGUUUUUUUGUCAUUGUACUUUUCCCAAUGUUCUUUUUUCUGACAAUUUCCUGUUUGGUUGACAUUAAGGGGGGACAGAAAAGCUGUGUAAAUUUGCUCAAUAUUACUUCAUGGUUGAUCUUCAUGUUCAUAAUGAUGGCAGUUAUGGCUUAUUUCUAUGUUACAUCAAUGGGAAAUGAAAAAGAUGUUGCUGGAUGGACCUGUACUGCUGUAUUUCUACAAGUGCUGUGGAUGAUCACAAUGUACAUGGGAUUUACAGAGCCGGAUGUUCCCUACAGAACUUUUUUGUAUGUGUUUGGAUCAGUUGGUGUUGUUUUGAUCAUGGCUGUUGCUCUGAUGACAGAACUGAUACUAAAAACAGUUAAUGGUGAUCGUGCUGUGGGGGAUUUGAGGACGGUUGUCUAUCCAUCUGAAGGCCUGUUUACACUCACUGUGCUGAUUUUCAUCAUGUUUGAACCCUGGAUAGCAGGCUUUCUGCAGUGUCUUCAGAAAAUACAAAAGCCAGCUGAUACCUCUGCCAACACAGAGCAGCAGAACCAGGAACAUCAGACUGCAGUAGAAGAUCAUGAACUGGAAUCAUUAUCACCGGCCUCAGAGGUCACGUGUGAACAACCUGAAUCAUGAUGAGGAAAAUCAUUCUGGACCUAAGUCUGUGAUGCUACACCCUCAUGAUCUUCAGGACUAAAAUCAUUUUAAACCUGAAAUCCUUUCGUACUCAAGCACUAGAUACAAAACUCAAUGUAUCUACAGUCCGUUUAUCAAACAGAUCAUUGCAAGAAAGGAUUACAUUUGCUACGUUUCUGCUUUGUUUGUUUUCAGAUAGAUAUGAUGUAAUGGUAAUGUGUACAGUAUUUACUCGUUUUUGUUGUACAGUAUUAGAAUAUCUCAGGUCUCAUUUUUAUAUGUUGGACAUCAGCCGUGGCUUGUCUGUAUGGGCAGGUGGGGCAUUGCCUCUCCAAAAUAUUAAUCCACUUGACCACAUAAUACUGUAAAUUCAGACAUCCCACCCUGCAGAAACCUAUUUCCGUGUGUCCGAUGUUAGCGGCUAUUGUCUCCCUUUGCGAUCAGUCGCCUGAUUUCUGGUUAACUCGUAAAUGUGUUCAGAUUUAUCAAAAAAAAAAUGUUGGGGUUUCUCUUACUAUUUUAAGUCAUAAAGUGCGAUUUAGCGCUUGGCUUCUGCAGACAGAUGGGAUAUGUAGGGCAGAGUCACCCUAUCCCCUCCCGAGCUCAACAGGGUCCCACAUUUUUUACAUUCCAAAGUAAAUAUGUGGUGAAAAUGAAAUUGCAGCAUGUCCUGAUAAGACCACGUUUAGGCAGAAUUUUCUGCUUGUUUUUACGGUACGCUAACCGAGCGUUCAUUUUCUUAAGAAAACGUCUAAGGAUUGGCUUAGGGGAUGCAUUUAACACAAGAUCACAGAGUGCAAUGACAAAGCAGUCAUUGAAAAAUUGACUAACAUGAAGCAACGGCCAAAUUCCUAUAUAAAUAAGUCACCAUUACAUUAGUGAUUACAUUGGUAUAAAUCCUUUAAAUGUGCUCUUGUGAAAUUCUUGAAAAUAUUCUAAAGAUCUAUGUUACAGAAAGCAAAACAAUUGCAAAAUAACAAAAAAGGUGAAAUGUCAAUGUAAAUGCAUGCCUGUUUGUAUUGUUUUUAUUAAAUAACACAGUCCUUCGUGCAGUCAGUUACAGUAAAUUGUUCUGAGAUCUUUAUUUUCACAAAAUUGUCCACAACUUGUAACAUCAAAAAUCAAUAUUCACAACAAUACAGCAUUAUUAUGUGUUUUCGAAGAUAGCAUUCUACAUUGAGCGCCACUUUCAGUCUGAAAUACACAAAGACAGUAGAGCUCCGCCAAAAGUGUUCUGUCUAUAGAGUCCUUUGCCAGUCCCGCUCCACUGUCUGCUCUCUGCUGUCCUGUCCAAAUAUAGGCAUGACUAUAAAAAUACUUUCUGCAUGUGUUCAGUCAUUUGAAUGUAAACCAAUCAAUCAUAGCCUAUAUAUCCUACGAUACGACCCAGAAUCUUCCGCACCUUAAUUUAUAGUCAUCGUAAAAUUUUGUUUAAAUGUACAUUGUAGUCACAGAGUAACCUGCUACACGUGUCCGAUGAAAUGCUUUAAGGGGGGGAGUAACAAGUAUAGUAUUAUUUCCAUGGGUGUGUAUAUUUACCAAUAUACCUUAGCACAAGAUUUUCGGGGCCCGUUUCAUAUUCACUGCUUCUAUCUUCACUGGCCACUGCCCAUUUCACUUCUAUAAAUAUCUGUCUGCACAUGAGUGGUGAUGAUGGGUUAGGGAUGUUAUAUUUAUAUCAUCAUAUGGUAAAAUCAUAAAUAAACAUAUGCAAAUUCUGAUGAAGUGUAAUCACUUAGAUUUGAAAAUUGGGUUUCUGUUUUUUUUUAUGUAUUUAUCGUGUUAUGUAGCUGUGCUGUCUUCACUGAAAACAUGACUGUAUCUACUUAUUAAUUGAACAGAUCCAGUCAAAAUAAAAAAAAUCCAAAAACAGUUGGCCAAUAGCAUAUUGCUCUAUAGUCAUAGUCACCAGCAUUGCAUUCUAUUUUUCAUUUUUUGUUUCGUAUGUGGUGGGUGAUGAUAGACUCAUAGAAUCAGUAAAUGUCUGUUAAAUAGGCAGUUUUUUAUGUAUUUUGGCUCUGACAUCAUGGAAAAAUUCGGCAGGCAAAAACCUUGGACGGGUGGAAAAAGAUGGACUUUUAUCUUUUUGAAUACGUUUCCAUUCAGAUGUGGAACAUUGUCUUGUGCAAAAUUAAAGUUUUAAAUUUGGAUAUAACAUUUAUUACGAGACGGCUUUUAGCAUACAAAUUAGCUCAGCGUGUAUAUGGACAAUUAUGUUGGUUUAUAAACAGCAAAGCACUUGUUUGGUACACUCAAAAUUUGCUAAAAUAAAGGUGCUUUAAAAUGAUCUUUGCAGCGAUACCAUAAAAUAAUCAGUCAAAGCUUCUUCAAAAAACCUCUCCUUCUUACCUUUUUAUAACCUAAAGAACCUUAUUUCACCACAAAGAACCUUUCGUGAGUAGAUUCUUCAGAUGUUAAAUGUUCUUUAUGGAACAAUUUAGACAAGAAAUUAUUCCUGCUUCCCAUAAAUUCCCUCAUAAACAGUCAUCAAAAUUAGAAUCAGUCUGUCUCAAAUCAUAGUAUGUUAAAUGAAUACUCAGAUGGCUGAUACUACCCACUCGACCAUAUAGUAAACAUUAAGAAAUAAUGGAUGAAGAAAAGCUGAAAUGUAAAGUUAAGUUGUAUUCUGAUGUGUGUCCAUGUGAAUCAAACUCACAAUCUUUGCAAUAGCAACAGAGCAGUUUAUCAUCAAUUGGGUGUCACAGCCAUUUGUAUUUAAGAGUAUUUACACUUCAAUAUAGAAACUUUUGUGAGAAGGUUCUUCAGAUGAUAAAGGUUUUUUAUGGAACCAUUAAGACAAGAAAGGUCCUUUUAUCACAUUAUGCACCUUUGUGCAGUCUACAUCUCUUUAAAGCAAACGUGAAAGAAAUGAUGUCUCCUUUCAAGCUUUACCAUAGUUUCAGGUCAUUUUGUGGCUGUUUUUAAAGUUUUCAUUGUGUUUAUGUUUGGUUUUUACUAAACGCAUUUUGAUACACAUAUACUACCUGUUUUCUAUACCGCUAUUUUCACUGUCAUAAAAAUGGGAUGAGGAUUUCCUUGUUCUUUAAAGCCAGUCCUUCAGAAAUAUGCAGUGAGUUCAGAUUGGUUAGCUGGCCAAGUGCUUUGUGAUUUGAUUACUGCUUAGGGCACGUUGAAUGGAGGGGUCACGCCUCUUAACAUGAUGGGUUGUUGCAACUCUUCCUCUUCUCUAAAGAAGCCUUGCCCCUUUUUUUGCAUAUCCUUGUGUAAUGAGGUUAUUCAUAAACUUUGGAUAGUGACAUCAUGUACGCAGGAAGUAGACUGCUGUAGUUCUGUCCUUGAAAAGCUUGUAGUUCUAUCCUCGCUUUCCAUUAAACUAUCAAGCUAAACACUAAAGUACUUUAUUUUGCAGACAUUUAUGCUCUAAAAGCAACAUUACAUUUACAUAUGUGUUUGAAAGACGCUUUUAUCCGAAGCGACUUACAUUUUAUUAUAGCAUAGUAUACAUUUUGUUUCUGAGUAUGUGCAAUCCCUGUGGGAUCAAACCCAUGACCUCAGAGAAGAAUGGCCCCUGUUGGAGCCACUUUUAUGUUAUGAUAAUAUUCCACUGGAACCCAGCAGUCAACAAGGAAGCUGCUGAAACAGCCCCUUUAAUUAUUAACACUAUGGGCCUCUUUCAUGAAACCUGAGCAUAAAGAUUAUUUGUGUAAAUUGUUCGUGAUGUCGUUUCGAUUGGAAUUCAUUAAUAUACACACAUUUUUACUAUCAAAUAUGGUGUUUACAAAGUAGUUGUGAAACCGGAAGAAAGUUUUCGGGAAGGUCUUUUUUAAGUGCAAAUUACUCGGAAUUGACUCAUAUAUUUACGAAUGUUUCAUGAAUGAGGCCCUUGUGCGUGGUUUAACACGUGAAAUACACUUGAAAAAAUGAAAGGUCAAGGUCAUGGUUUCGAUCCCAGGGAUUGCACAUCCUCAGAAUGAUAUGUAUUCACAUUCUCAAAUGUAUAAUACGCUAUCAUGCAAUAUAAGUCACUUUGGAUAAAAGCGUCUGCCAAUUGAAAACGUAACAAACCCAGUUUGCAAUGGGAACCAAUUCCUCUCAGCACUGUUCAUUCGCCGCAUAAUAUCCCUCAUAAACAGUCAUCAAAAUUAGAAUCAGUCUGUCUCAAAUCAUAGUAUGUUAAAUGAAUACUCAGAUGGCUGAUACUACCCACUCGACCAUAUAGUAAACAUUAAGAAAUAAUGGAUGAAGAAAAGCUGAAAUGUAAAGUUAAGUUGUAUUCUGAUGUGUGUGCAUGUGAAUCAAACUCACAAUCUUUGCAAUAGCAACAGAGCAGUUUAUCAUCAAUUGGGUGUCACAGACAUUUGCAUUUACACUGCAUGAAACUGUGUAGAUCACUUUUACACAUACAACUUCAUGUAUUAAGUUUUCUGUAAUUCGAGUAAACUGAUAGAAAAUAACUUCUAUCUGUUGGAAUGUUUUUUUGUGUUUAGUUAAAAAUAAUUCUAUCAGUUUAAUUUAUUUUUAAUUUUGUUUGUUUUUUG